CAAGUAAAAACAUUUCACUCGCAAUAACACAAGAAACUGUCGUCCCAGCACAAAAAUGUAACUAAAAAAAUUUCCGUAGCUAAAAAUGGCUUGCGGGAUUGGAGCAGCGACGGAAACGAGAUGUUGAUCUUCGUUGUAAACAACAGUAAAUACAAUUUACCUAGAUGGAGAAGAGGAUCAUGAGGGCCAUGAAUCUCCAGCAACGAAGAUGAACGUUUCAUCCGUCGGCCUCCGCUCGGCAGGUCGGAUCCGAGCUGCCUUCUGCUUCACUGCGGUCGUCUUUUUACCUCUGGUAUGUUCCGGAUCAUACGCGGAUAACCAGUUGCCCGAAGGGGUCAUACCGCAACCAAGACCUACGGCAGAGCAGAGCUACCAGCGCUCGAGGUUCCGACAGCAGCGACUUCAUCGCGGCAGUGGAUUCUUCCUAGAAGAAGCAGAAAAUGAUCAAGACGAACACGAACAAGAGGACGAUCUAGGUCAUGAUCACAGCAGACAAGAGGACAUCGACCGCAAAGAAGAAGUAGAAGAUGAUCUAACUAAAAGGAACCCCACUCAGCAGAGAACAGUCCGAAGACAGGAAGGCGAAGUAGACGUAAUUCGUGGUAAUGACCACGCCAGGGAUGAUGAUCUUCACGAUCACGAUCUUGGUAUCGAAAUCGACGAUAGGGGUUCACCAAGUGACGCGAAACGGGCAAAACACAUCCGUGCUGUACCGGACAGAGGAAAACCGCUUGCGAAUGUACAGCAGAUAGAACGGAGCACGGAAACGGCAACAACAACUGAUUCGGGAAGCGAGGACGAUGAAGACAAUAAAUACCUCCUCUACAUUCUCAUUAUAGGGAUGAACGUGCUUGUAAGCGUUGUGCUUUGCUUUUGCUUUUGCCGGAAAGCGAAACGGGAGGACCAGUACUGCAUCUCUGCUUUCCUUUGUUCUUUUCCACUUUCAUUUACAAUGUUACAGUGAACAACUAGAACUAUAACGCUUAUUGGCUAAGUAGAAUUAGAACUAGAACCACAACUACUGCGAAAAAUACACCAAUGUAGUCUCGUCCAUGGAUAGAAGACGGUAGGAUAUACAACAUUCAAGUGUGAGGACUUAUGUCCUUCUAUCCAUAAAUAAUCAAAACUUAUCCAUUUCAACAAAAGUUGGAACGACAACAACGCGGCUGGUAUGUAUCCUGGUAUGUAUCCUGCUGCCCCGCCUGCGUAUGGUCCUGGUGGCAUGCCGGUGCAGUCGGCGUAUCCUCCGCCUGUUGUCGACCAAAAUGCUGGCGUCAAUGCUUACGGGGGAAGAAUGUACUAG